CGAACCCAUCCUGUUAGUAGCUAAAUGUGUGCGUAGACUGUCUGAACUCCGGAAAGCUUAGCGUGUUGUGUAAUAAGCGCUCAGUCAGUCAGUGCGGGUCUGUGCUGUUAGUAAACAGCUCAGUCAGCUCGGUCAGCGGACUCUUCACACAGGUGCUGACACCAUGUAUGUGGAGUUGCUCGGGGCAGUGGUGUUGGGUGCAGUGAUCAUUUUCGUGCUUCUCAGGAAGAAUUCGGAACAGUUAAAAACACAGGAUGGUUGGUGGGGUGUGGGAUCUCUAUUAGAAAGUCCUGAAGAUGACAGCAUUCGCCCAUUUAGAGUGGAGACCACUCAGCAAGAGUUAGAGGAUUUGUAUCGCAGGAUUGAUCAGACACGCUCAUUCUCCUCUCUAGAAGACAGCAAGUUUCACUAUGGCUUCAACUCCAGUUACCUGCAGAAGGUUGUUUCCUACUGGAGGAGCAACUUUGACUGGAGGAAACAGGUGGACAAACUGAACAAAUACCCACAUUUCAAAACCAAAAUUGAAGGAAUUGAUAUUCACUACAUCCACGUGAAGCCCAAGAACCUACCAGAAGGAUCAAAAGCUGUACCACUGAUGAUGGUACAUGGUUGGCCUGGAUCCUUUUAUGAAUUCUACGGUAUUCUUCCCCUUCUUACGGAGCCUGCCAGUCCUGAUGACAUUGCAUUUGAAGUCAUCUGUCCUUCUAUACCAGGCUAUGGAUUCUCAGAGGCACCACAUAAGAAGGGCUUUGACUCAGUAUGUGCUGCCCGAGUGUUCCAUAAGCUGAUGAAGAGACUGGGUUUCAGCCAGUUUUACAUUCAGGGAGGCGACUGGGGCUGGCUUAUCACUACUAACAUGGCUCAGCUGGAACCCAAAAUUGUAAAAGGUCUACAUGUCAACUUUGCACCUCCUGCCAAGCCAAGCCUGAUGGUGGUGCUGUCCAUGCUUUUGGGCCGUCAUUUCCCCAAGCUCUUUGACUUCAGUGAACACGACAUUAAGCGCCUCUUCCCCUGUGUUCAGAAAUUAGUGGUGGAUGCUGUAAAAGAGACGGGAUAUAUGCACAUACAGGCCACCAAACCUGACACUGCAGGACGUGGACUGAAUGACUCCCCGGUUGGACUGGCUGCUUACAUUCUAGAGAAGUUUUCCACCUGGACCGAUCCUGAAUUUGUAAAACUUGAUGAUGGCGGGCUGGAACGAAAAUUCACCCUGGAUGACCUACUGACUAAUGUGAUGAUCUACUGGACUAGUGGCUCCAUCAUUUCAUCCAUGCGUUUCUACAAGGAGAACUUUGGCAAAGGUCUUGACCAGCCACAUUCAAAGAUCCCAGUUGUUGUCCCAACUGGUGUGGCCAUUUUCCCCAAUGAGCUGAUGCAUGCCCCUAAAUUGUGGGUCAAGCAGAAGUACCACAAGCUCGUGACCUACACCCUCGCGGCCAGAGGUGGCCAUUUUGCUGCCAUGGAAGAACCAGAGUUGAUGGCCCAGGACAUCCAAAAGUUUGUUAAGAUUGUGGAGAGAAGAAAAUGAAGUGUUUGCAGCUCCUCUAGCUCAACUGUUAUUUUUUUAUUGCUACUAAUCCAAGCAUUAACCUUGUUUCCACUAUAUAACUGCUUGUGCAGCUUGCAGAAACAAACAGCCAAAAUGCUGUAGGAUAAACAGCAUACCUAUAUCAGUUUUCAAGCAUAUGAACACAGCUUACAUAUGAUUUGAUUUAUUCAAUGAUACAUUUUUAUAUGUACUUACAGUAUUAGUAAGCUUUAAUCUGGUAUCAAAUAUUUGUGUUUAAUUAUUAUUAACAGGAAAGACAGUAUAAUGUGAGAAUAUGUACUGACUCUUGGUUUGAGAGUGAACUUUAAAGCAGAGACAUUGAUUACGUGUUCUCUGACCUUUGCUCCUAAACACUUUUAGGGUGUGUUGGUUUAUGCCCAUACACAUGUGGGACCAUAAAAUGAACAUGGUUAGAGCUUUGCUGUUUUUCUGCCUUUACUCUGCCUUAUUCUGCAAGUAAAAAGAAACAAAUAAUCCAACUUAUUUUUGAAUAAGUAAAUUAAAGUUGAUUUUGCAUUCAGUUGAA